AUGAAAAUUUGCUUCAACGCGUCCUAAUUUUUCCUUUCGCAUUUUUCACGCCAUUUUCACGCGCACCGUCGAAAUCCGACACCCUUUGCAGAGGAAUUCUGGAGAAUGCAGGCGCCGUGAUGGCCCAGCGGCAGCUUCUGUGGGACAUGGGUAUCAUCUACCCUGGGUUGAAGCUAAAGCUUGGCCCUACGAUUGGUGCUGCCGGUUUGCUGGAGUUUGUGCUAGAUCCAUCCGUGCAAAACGACGAACGUUCGCUGUUUGAGGAAAAAUCUACCGCACGCAUACUGACCAAAAGCUUCAUCGUACCGUUCCUGCUUGGACUGAAAUUCAAUCUGGCAACACUGCUACCGCUCGUAUUCGGCGGUUUGAUACUGCUCAGCAAAAAAGCGCUCAUUCUGGGCAAGGUAGCCCUUUUCCUGUCCGGACUGUUUGGCUACGGUUCGUUUCUAACUCCAUCCUUGUACGGAGGUGGAUUCGGUGGUUACGGUGGAGGCUUUUCCGGCCAUGGAGGUUUCGGAGGAUUCGGGUUCGGUGCAAAACCAUUCCGUUACAACAAUCCGCUCGCCGACAGUCCUGACUUUGACAAUCAUCAAAACCAUCAUCAGCAUCACCAUCACGAUGAUUAUCACGGUGGUGGUGUGUCCCAUGAUUCUCAUACCAGUGGUGGGUACUACAAAAAGAAGGAUAAUAAAUUUCUCAAUCUGGAUGAGCGUGUAGAACCGCAAACAGCUUCCUCGCUGGUGGAUAAAUUCUACGAGUACGAAAAACAGCAAAUGCUAAAAGAUCGAACCGCACGACUAUUCGAACGGAAGUUCUACGAACGGGAACAGCAACAUCCGGGCGGUGGAGCAGCUGGUCCGGAUUAUCCCUUUGUCACCGCUGAUUUGGCAACCGAACGAAACGAACGCUCGCUCCCGGAAGAAGGUGGCACUGGAACUAGUGGACGAAACUUUGCCUGGAGUAACCAUUAGCAGGAAGAUUAGCAAGCGCAAGUACUGCACUUAAAUAUCGUACCAAAAAUCGAAUGCCUCAGUAUUACGAAGGAUGGUUUAUCUGCCUAGCAAAGGUAAAUCGUGAUGAAUUUAUUUUUAUUUUAUACAGCUCCGGUUAUUAACGUCGGGGUUAAUAUUCACAGUAUUUUCAUUAUAUGAAACUUAUGGUUUUCUGUCUAAAUAAAAUGCAUUUGCAUCGUAAUCAUACAUUAUAGUUGAAAGUUGCAUUAAUUUUUAAACUGAGA